AUGCCUCUUCCUCGCUUUCUAUGCCACCGAAACUUAACCCUGCCGGCGGAUUUUACCACCCUGGUCACGGGUGCGCGACUCAACCUGGGGUAUCCUACCGCUCUGAGAUUGUUACGCUGUGGCGCGCGCGUCAUUGCAACCACGCGGUAUCCAAGAGAUGCUGUCGCUCGGUAUUUGAACGAGGACUCUGGUAUCUGGAAAGAGAGGCUGGAGGUUGUUGGGGCGGACUUCAGGCGCAUACACAGCAAGAAUCAGAAGAGGAGCUUUGCCCUUGGUAUUAGGCAUCUCAUGAUGUACAAGCCGGAAUCGACACGCCAAACCCCGAAUCAACAGCCUGUGUGAGUAAUUCUACCCCACCAAGUGACCUCGAACCCUACACAAAAUCCUCUUGGGUCCAAUCCCUCUCCAAAAUUCCCUACGAGGACAUCAUAUGCGCCCACAGCGUAAACAGCUUCUGCCCGCUCAUCCUUAUCCGCGAAUUAUUCUCACUAAUGGGCUGCGCCAAAUCCCCAUCGUCCUCAACGCCCACCAAACCGCAAGGCUACAUCAUCAAGUCUCCUCGCGCGAAGGCAUUU